ACUUUCCACGAUGUGGUGGUUUUUUAUCAUCCUCGUCCAGAUAGUCUCCCUGGGACACUGUCUACGUGAAGAGCGGACGUCAGUUCCUUCUUCCAACCCUGCAUUCGGCUACAUACGGAAGAAAGACCAGGCCUGUACCGGCGGGCUGUUCAACAUCAGCGACCACGGCCACACGAGCCUGGCCACCUGUGCGCACCUCUGUACGGCCUCGGGAUCGUGCGGGGCGUUCGUGCACGUGCCGGGCGACUCCGACAACUCCUGCAGGCUCAAACGGUCCUGCCCGACACCGGCCAACCUCACCGGGGCUGAUCUGUACUUCAAACGGCCUCACCCCUGGCCGUACAGCGACGAUGAAGUUUGCAACGUCACUGCUGACGACCGCACAGAGGAAGUGUUCACGUGA